ACCAGUUGUCCAGAGCUAGCUGGCCAAAUUGUGUAGGCCCUUUUAGGUACAAAUCGUCGAUUUUAAAACAAACAUUUGAAGAUAGAGACAUAGAAUCUACACUCCGCGAUCCGGAGUAGUGGUACAGUAGACAAGUCAAUGAUGGAGACAGUAGAGGUAGCAAGUGACGCCUAUGUUUACUUCUACCCAGUAGUCCAGAACCUCAAGAAUUUGUUUCAGGCCUCCAUAUGGCCACACAGCCCUGCUUUUGCGCCCUUGAACCAGUUUAGGCAUAGCACCACGUUGGUGGACUGGAGGUUCACAAGUGUGGUGUCUCCCAACAAUGAUACUCUCUACUCCAGAGCCUGGCUAGACUUGGACAAGACUCCAAUGAUUCUAGGGCUACCAGCGGUUCCUGUGAUGGACAAUAACAAAAAGCGUUACUACAGCUUUCAAAUUGUGGACGGGUACACGUACAACAUGAAGAUCAUCUCCCCACGUACAACUGGCAGCUGGGAUGCAGCUUCUUACCUCAUCACUGGUCCAUCCUUCAAUGGAAAUAUACCUAGCAAUUUCGACGAAGACCACAUUAUCACGUCUACUAGCCGUUUUACGUUUGUGCUUGGUCGCACUGGUGUGUAUUGUGAAGAAGACAUCCAAAAUGUGGAGGCAAUUCAGAAAGGGUACACCCUUACUCCACUAGCUCAGGGAGAAGCAGCAGGUCCAGCAGAUGUUCCUUUGUUCCCUUUCAUUGACAGCGCUGAACUUUCCAAAGAUACUCCCGAGCCUCAACUCUUUUUCACGUAUGUGAACUUCAUAAUGAAUUACGUAUCCGUGUAUAGUGAUGAGAGUGAACUCAUGCAGCAAUUCAACAAAAUCUGUGUGGGACCGAAUAUGACAUUUAACGGUCAAACCAUGAGCAGGGUGAAGUAUGAAGAAAUCAACGUUGGAGUUACAAUAGGUGCGAAGAAGAUUGAUUUAGCACCAAUUACCGAACAUUUCGGGAACGUAUCAGACGGGUGGAUAGCUGCUAUUAACCCGCCAAUAUUUGGUACAAGGACUGUUCUCAAAGGGAAGUAUGCCACUCGAGCAUUUGCUGCCAAAGUAGGUUUGUAUGGGGUCGAUCCUCAGGAAGCCUACUAUCCCUCUGCCAACAAAGAUAUCGAUGGCGACACACUCAAUAGUACGAAAAACAACUUCACCCUUACUUUUCCAGCAGGCCGUUUUCCAGUAGUUGGAGAAGCCGGUUUCUGGUCGGUGACCAUGUACCGUUUGCCUGAGAGGCUACUUGUGCAGAAUCCAAUUGAUCGAUAUUCCAUUGGUGAUCGCACUCAAGGUUUGGUGUAUGCCAAUGACGGAUCGUUAACCUUGUAUAUUCAAAAAGAUAAGCCCGAUACAGAUGCCAAGGCUGCCAACUGGCUACCAGCUCCCGAUCCAAGUCACGAAGGAUACAAGUCAGGGCUGUUUAAUGUUAUCAUGCGAAUUUACUGGCCAACAAAGCAAAACGUUGAUAGCUCAGGUGCAUUAAGGCACGUCCAGAAUCAAGAAAAGACCAACGUCACAUACGUUGAAAAGUGUGCGAUAUUAAACAUAUCAAUUUGACAUUUUGUUUUCUCAUAAAAA